AGACUUCUGCUGAUUCAUAACCAUUUGGCGCUGAGCUAUGACAAGAGAGGAAACAAAAAGUUAAACGAGCAAGCCUGCCGUAAGUGAGAAGACUCUUUGCCCAUGGUGAUGAAUCUAUAAAGAAGGAAAAGUAAAAGGCGGUAAAAUGAAGCAAAAGAAAGAGGAUCUGAAUCGCAAGAGGAGAGCAGCAAACUUCCUUGAUAACAUGCUUUUGCGAAGUGCAGGAAAAUUAAAUGUGGGCACCAAGAAAGAGGAUGGUGAGAGUACAGCCCCCACCCCUCGUCCGAAGAUCUUGCGUUGUAAAUGCCACCACCAUUGUCCGGAAGACUCGGUUAACAAUAUUUGCAGCACAGACGGAUAUUGUUUCACGAUGAUAGAAGAGGAUGACUCUGGGAUGCCUGUGGUCACUUCUGGAUGCCUAGGACUAGAAGGCUCAGAUUUUCAGUGUCGGGACACUCCUAUUCCUCAUCAAAGAAGAUCAAUUGAAUGUUGCACAGAAAGGAACGAAUGUAAUAAAGACCUGCACCCUACACUGCCUCCGUUGAAAAACAGAGAUUUUGUUGCUGGACCUAUACACCACAAGGCUUUACUUAUAUCUGUGACUGUCUGUAGUUUGCUCUUGGUCCUCAUCAUUUUAUUCUGUUACUUCCGGUAUAAAAGACAAGAAACCAGACCUCGGUACAGCAUUGGUUUAGAACAGGAUGAAACUUACAUUCCUCCUGGAGAAUCCCUGAGAGACUUAAUUGAGCAGUCUCAGAGCUCAGGAAGUGGAUCAGGCCUCCCUCUGCUGGUCCAAAGGACUAUAGCUAAGCAGAUUCAGAUGGUGAAACAGAUUGGAAAAGGUCGCUACGGGGAAGUUUGGAUGGGAAAGUGGCGUGGCGAAAAGGUAGCUGUGAAAGUGUUCUUCACCACGGAGGAAGCCAGCUGGUUCAGAGAGACAGAAAUAUAUCAGACAGUGUUGAUGAGGCAUGAAAACAUUUUGGGUUUCAUUGCUGCAGAUAUCAAAGGGACAGGGUCCUGGACCCAGUUGUACCUAAUCACAGACUAUCAUGAAAAUGGUUCCCUUUAUGAUUACCUGAAGUCCACCACCCUAGACACUAAAUCAAUGCUGAAGUUAGCCUACUCUUCUGUCAGUGGCUUAUGUCACUUACACACAGAAAUCUUUAGUACUCAAGGCAAACCAGCAAUUGCCCAUCGAGAUCUGAAAAGUAAGAACAUUCUGGUGAAGAAAAAUGGAACUUGCUGUAUAGCUGACCUGGGCCUGGCUGUUAAAUUUAUUAGUGAUACAAAUGAAGUUGACAUACCACCCAACACUCGAGUUGGCACCAAACGCUACAUGCCUCCAGAAGUGUUGGACGAGAGCUUGAACAGAAAUCACUUCCAGUCUUACAUCAUGGCUGACAUGUAUAGUUUUGGCCUCAUCCUUUGGGAGGUUGCUAGGAGAUGUGUAUCAGGAGGUAUAGUGGAAGAAUACCAGCUUCCUUAUCAUGACCUAGUGCCCAGUGACCCCUCCUACGAGGACAUGAGAGAGAUUGUGUGCAUCAAGAAGUUACGUCCCUCAUUCCCAAACCGGUGGAGCAGCGACGAGUGUCUCAGGCAGAUGGGGAAACUCAUGACAGAAUGCUGGGCUCACAAUCCUGCAUCAAGGCUGACAGCCCUGCGUGUUAAGAAAACACUUGCCAAAAUGUCAGAGUCCCAGGACAUUAAACUCUGAUACGAGAGGAAAAGUAAGCAUCUCUGCAGAAAGCCAAUAGGUACACUUCUGUUUGUGUGCAGAGCAAAAGAUAUCAAAUAAGCAUCCACAGUACAAGCCUUGAACAUCAUCCUGCUUCCCAGUGGGUUCCAACCUCACCUCUCAGGGAGCAACCUGGACAAAGACAGAGAAGCUCCCAGAGGCAGAUUGAUCUGUGUCUGUUUGUAGGAGGGAGAAACCGCUUGGGUAACUUGUUCAAGAUAUGAUGCAUGUUGCUUUCUAAGAAAGCCCUGUAUUUUGGGAUUGCCUUUUUUUUUUUUUUUUUAAAGAUGCUUUAAUUUUGCCAAAAUAAAACAAAUAAUGUGGAUGGCUUAAGGUUUAUAGUAUUAUAGUUUAAAUAACAACAAGAAAAGUUCUUCCCAGAACUCUGCUGGAAGGUAAAUUAAAACACAUGUCUUUCCAUUGGUAAAAUAUUGUUGCACUCUGUGAACCAAAAGACAGUCUAAGUUGGAGAUCGUAGAAUGGAACUCAUCUUAAACACGCUCCCAACCCCGCCUGGGCCUCCUCCGACCACUUUGGCCAUCCCUGAAUUUUGGCCCACUACGGUAAUGUGAAUUCACUGGGUACAAACACCACCUGUCUAGGACCACACUUGGAAUUCCUGCAGUUUGCCUUUUACAGCUCUUCAGGCAAUAUGGAACAAAUGAAGGUUUAUGUGACUCUCAUAGGAGUAAUUGUUGAUAGGUGUUCUUCAGAACCACUUCAUAUUUCUAAUUGUGUUAGGCAUCGCUUUUGUGAUAAAAAUCCUUUUCAAAGAAAGUUUUUUUAAUGUACACAGGAUAGACCUUUGCAUGCUUUUGAUCUCUCCAUCAAAGGAUCAAUAUUAAAUAAAAUUGUCAUGAGUUGUAUUGAAGACAGGGUGCUUUAAAAUAGAGGUAAUUUGCUCUUGUGUUGUACAAGGAACCUGUCAACAAAGGUAGGGAAUGAGGGUGAUGGUGCAGAUGGCUUGUAUCUUAUAUGUGCAAAGGAGCCAGUCUUAGAAGCACAAGAAAAAAGUGUGCAUACCUUAUUUUGUAUAGAUAAAGAUGAUGUCUUUUUGUUAUUGUCUUUUUUGUAUGUGUGUGAGGUAAAGAAUAGAGAGAAAACAUUUGUCAGGCUAAUUUAACUACAUUUUAUUUUAAAAGUAGAGAAGAAUAACCUCUAGAUGGGACAGCAGAGGAGAGUUAGAGGAGGCCACAAAUAUUAUGGGCUGCUGUGUUUUAUUGUUCUAAAAUCAAUAUGGAUCUAACACAUAUAUUUUAAGUGAUCAUUUCACAUCUUAGGAAUGCCUACUCAUUUUAUUUUCUUAUAGUGAUGUUCAAUUCACUAUUUAAUUUAUUAUAUUUUCUUUUCUGUGGCACUUAUACAAAAUAUCUCUUCACCUACUUAGUUCUACAGGGUUUUAACUUUGGAGCAACCUGAAUAAAAUCAUUGAGAGGGCCAAUAUUCUUUAGCAACAGGAAUAUACUCAAGUUGUACACAUCCUGCUCAACUUUAUUCAUGUACAUUUCCUUACUGUGUUUUUCUUUUGCUUCUUAGAAAUUCUGAAGUGGUUAGUGGUUAGUAAAGAAUUUCAAAGUACUUUCCCCCCUUUUUUUUUUUUUUUUUUUAAGACAUUCCUUCCAGAAUACUCCAGGGGGCAGUGUUUUAUAACACAUUUUCCCCACUGGGUGACUGAAGGAUGGAGGAUUUUUGAAAAUUUGACAUCUACAUGAAACAUGAGAAAACAUUUUCCUCACUUCUGAAGUAGGUUUGCAGCUGGUAACUUGUUAAUCCAGAAAGCAUUCUAAAGCAAUGAGAGUUUGCGAGCUGUGCUUACAGUUUGGGAGAAUCAUAAGGAUUCUUUCUGUAUUUUGCAUUCACUAACCAGUGCUUCAUAGCCACAUUUUGUUUGUAAGUAAGAAUUUCAUAAUCCUUGAAUUUGGAAAAAAAAAAUUGUGUUUUUAAAGAGUGAAACGGUUCCAAGUAGAACUGUAAUCAGAAUGCUGCUUUUAUUGAUAUUAAAAAUAACCUCAAUAAUAAUGUAAAGGUUCCUUUCUCAGUGUCAGUUAUAUUCUUAGGGUUAUCUUAGAAGGAAUAUAUGGUUAGAACCAAGUGUGACCAAUCAUUUGAGCCUUGGAGAGAAACUUCAGUGCCUCUAAACAGAUCGUCUACAAAACAACAAGUAAAUAUUUAUGCCAGUUAAAUGGGACAUGUUUGUGUUUCUUGGGUUUUCCUAAAUUUAAGUGAGGUUAGCCCUUACCUUAUAGAGAAAAUUAUAUUUUCUUUUUGGUAAAUACUUGAACGUGGAUAACUUCAGAUCAGAAUAUUUUGUGAGGAGGUGAUGGUUUGAAAUUAAGCUAGAUUUCUAGGGAGGUGUUCCAGUGAAGAAUGGGAGGAAAUUAAAAUAGUCUUCAGACUUCUUCUGUAUUCUAUUUAUUUGGUUGCUUUGGAAAAGAUUGGUAGCUUACUUUCUAAUCCCCCGUCUAAUUUAUUCACUAUUAAUAUUUUAAAAUUAUUUGAGAUACUUAAAAAGCCCCACUUAGCAAUUAUAGUCUCUCAAUGAAACAAUAAUUUAUUUAUAAGUAGAUUUUUCUCUUUAUCUUACCAAAAUCCACUUUACUUACAUAACGCUAAAUUGUUCUUAAAGACUACCUACUCAUUUUCCAAUAAUCCUUUAUUAUUUCAAAUUUUCUAGCUGCUCAGAAGUGAAUUUUAUUUGUCUUUUAUUUGAAUAAAUGAGAACCCAGAAAUUAAUAAUGUAGUUUAUUGCUUGCUGUCAGGACUAUUUCAAAGACUAAGAGUUUCUUCUAACUCCUCCCUCUCAAAGGAAUCCUAAAUUAUUAGUUCUUAGAUAAGUUUCGUAUGCUAAGGUAUUCAGGUUUAUUGUUUAUGUAUGUGUGUAUAUAUAUAAAUAUAUAUGUGUAUAUAAAUAUUAUGUUCAGUUUGGAGUCUGGCACAACUCCAUUAUGUGGAUUAGAGAGUAAAAUAUUAUGGAUGAUAAAGUACUUAAUGAAACAUAAUAUUUAUUUAUAAAAGUGUGUGGAUUGUUAAAUCACGAGAAGAGUGCUAUGAGCAUUAUGUAUGAGGAAGCAGGUCUUUGACCUCCUGGAAAGCACCGCUCAAAAGUCAUUAGUGACCAUUUUUGAAUUCCCCAAACAGAAAGCUUCUUAGAAAACAUGCUGAGAUUUUAUUUACAGGGAAUUCUUUGACAUAUUUCAAUUGGUGUGUAGUCAAGUAUAGCAAGUACUUAAUGAUGACUGAAUUUCACGUUCCUGGAGUCAUGCAUAUUCAUUAGAAGUUUUAUGUUGUUGCUCUGAUCUGAUUCUUCUUUGUUUUGUGGGUGGAAUGGCACUGAGAGAAGUAUAGCUUUUUUAAACUUGAAAAUGUUCAGUAGUUAUAUUGCCUUAGAAAACCGAGACACAUAGUAGUGGAAAUGAAAGAAAUGGCAUCAGAAGUGACUUAAUUUAGCCAUUGUGAUUCCUCCUGUAAAACAAAACAGAAAAAAACAAUGCCAUAUUUUUUUGGAGAAAAGUUGGCAAUAUAGGGGUUUUGUUGUCUGUUUCACAAGAAGACUCAUUUGUGUUCUUUCGGGGAACCAGUGCCUUACAGAUUCUGUAUAUAUUGUAAUUAUUCAGGACUAGGGAACAAACAAUUGUAUUUGUUACAGAUUGUAUAUGGCUUUGUUUUAACAUUCCCCUAAAUAAAAUGGUUUCAUUCUUCCCUUGGAAAAAAA